AGCUAGCUACGUUGUAUCAUAACAUUACAGUUUUGUUUGUCAACAAUAGGAUGGGAUCGGCGAAGAAGUCCUCAAAAUGUCCACUGAAGAGAUCGUUCAGCGGACACGUCUUCUGGACAGUGAAAUAAAGGUAGAUAGCUAGCUAGUCAUUUUAGCUGCUAUUGGUGUAUCAGAUGGGCCACACUUUUUUUUCUUUUUACUUCAUAUUUGUUGUGUCCACCUUAUACUUUACCCCAACAUUUUUUAAAUGACGAUAUGAAAAGUGUGAAUAUGUUGUGCCUAGGUCUAUACAUUCAAUUGGACUCUUAUGUUGUAGAUCAUGAAGAGUGAGGUGUUGAGGGUAACCCAUGAGCUGCAGGCCAUGAAGGACAAAAUCAAAGAAAACACAGAGAAGAUCAAAGUGAACAAGACCCUGCCAUACCUGGUCUCCAAUGUCAUCGAGGUAGGAGCAUGUACGCUUUUGUCUCAAUGUCACAUUAAAAUGUUUGAUGUUUUAUUGUAUUGAACAGUUUAGUAUCAAAAGCUCAAUUAUUGUGAAGCUGUGUUGAAGCUAAUUGUCAGUUAAUGACCAUGCAACAUUUUACAUUUACGUCAUUUAGCAGACGCUCUUAUCCAGAGCGACUUACAAAUUGGUGCAUUCACCUUAUAGCCAGUGGGAUAACCACUUUACAAAGUUUUCUUUUUUUCUUUUCUUUUUUUUUGGGGUGGGUGGGGUAAGGGGGGGUAGAAGGAUUACUUUAUCCUAUCCCAGGUAUUCCUUAAAGAGGUGGGGUUUCAAAUGUCUCCGGAAGGUGGUGAGUGACUCCGCUGUCCUGGCGUCGUGAGGGAGCUUGUUCCACCAUUGGGGUGCCAGAGCAGCGAACAGUUUUGACUGGGCUGAGCGGGAACUGUGCUUCCGCAGAGGUAGGGGAGCCAGCAGGCCAGAGGUGGAUGAACGCAAUGCCCUCGUUUGGGUGUAGGGACUGAUCAGAGCCUGAAGGUACGGAGGUGCCGUUCCCCUCACAGCUCCGUAGGCAAGCACCAUGGUCUUGUAGCAGAUGCGAGCUUCAACUGGAAGCCAGCGGGGUGACGUGAGAGAACUUGGGAAGGUUGAACACCAGACUUGUGUCUGGAUCAACGCAGGUUGGGUUUGAGAUGUCUUAAAACUGUCUUGCAGCUUCUGGAUGUGGACCCAAAUGACCAGGAGGAGGAUGGAGCAAACAUUGAUCUAGACUCCCAGAGGAAGGGCAAAUGUGCUGUCAUCAAAACAUCUACAAGACAGGUAAGUAACAACUAGAAAUAUGUCCAAUCCAGUGUUUUCUGAAGUAGUCAUUUAGCUGUGGUGCUGCGCCACGGCAAAAUCAUUGCCGCCACGACAAAAAAAUAUAGAACAUGAGAAAAUAUUUAUUCCGAGGCGCUCUUUGAAGAUGCUGGAACAGUCCACAUUUACAUUUCCUCUGCAAACAAAACUAGUAAUGAAUAGAAAAAAUCUGACAACCCCAUAAUAUAAUAGUUUAUCCAUUUAUGUAGUCGGCUUGUUUUGUGUUCUAUGCGAAAUGAAUGUUCCUCUUGAGGUGCAUUCGAGUUACGAGUGCCUUAGGGAGGGAAUUCCCUGAAUCGAAUAUAGGCUGUAAAAAUAGGCUACAUCUAUUUAGAAGGCUACUCAAACUUUUACCAGCCGCACCGUUUUACACUUUAUAUGGCCUGCGUAUGGUCUAAUGAACGAACGCCUGAAUUAAUGUGAUGAUGAACUGAAUUAUCAAAAACAAAUAGGCCUACCUGUUUGAACUUUGUGUCGGAUGUGUAUCCAUCUACGGUGUUGUUGUCCUUCUAAACUAGGGAUGUCACUCGUACAGCACCGGUCUCCACGAUGGUGUUGUAGCCUAUUCCCUUAUCAUAAUCGUUCUUUUAAUUUCUCCGGUUAGGCCUACGUUAGCCAUUUUCACGUGAGCUAGGCUAUAGUAAAGUUUCGUAUUAUCACGUGGGAAGAGGGAACAUAAGCGCUGUGCGUCGACAAAUUUGAACGUUUUAGCACCACACAAUGCGUGCGUGGCUAGUAGCCUUAUGUCUGCCUCGCCACUCACAGAAUGGAAUUCACAACACAACAAAAUCCUGGGUUUUAAAAAAAUGUGUAUUAUCUUGAUUUUAAAUGUUUCCGACCAUCAUGUAAUGGUUUUGAACCGCAAGCCGACCACGGGUUGAAAGAAUGUUUUAAUUCCACCCGCCAGCUGAUUUUUUGUUGUUGUUGCAGCUCACCCACGGGGCACCGUGGGUAUCCGACCCGAUGCAGGACUCUGCUAAUGAUUAGCCCAAUAGGGUAAAUGCAGAUAGGCAACCCCAUGCUUCAGCAUACAGUGGGGGAAAAAAGUAUUUAGUCAGCCACCAAUUAUAUUCCACCAUAAUUUGCAAAUAAAUUCAUAAAAAAUCCUACAAUGUGAUUUUCUGGAUUUUAUUUCUCAUUUUGUCUGUCAUAGUUGACGUGUACCUAUGAUGAAAAUUACAGGCCUCUCUCAUCUUUUUAAGUGGGAGAACUUGCACAAUUGGUGGCUGACUAAAUACUUUUUUCCCCCACUGUAUUUAUUUAUAGCCACUAUGCUGCAUCAGUUGGGCUAUAGGUGAAAAUGCUUAUUGUUAAUUGCAUACCUGAUAAUAUGCUAUUAACAAUAUGUACAAAAUAAUUGUAACAAAUAAUUUAACAAUGUUAUUUUGCUCAUUUCUGGAGGUGGAAAUUAUAUUUUAGAUGGUGUCAGCAUAAUUUUAUUUUCAUUAAUUUUUGAGUAAAAUGGCCUUUUAAAAAGUCACCAGAACAAAAUAAAAUAAAUCAGCCCCCGCGACCUUUUGCCCCCACUGCUACAAAUGUUUCCAGAGGAAACACUGGUCCGAUCUAUACUCCCAAGUUCAACUGCAUUUCAAUCAGUACUGUUCCUGUGUCCUUCUUAGUAAACUAAAACAGUUAUUAAUAGGAGUUAUUCAGCAGUGGUAGUUGACAUUGGCUGCCCCUUUUGUGCUCUUGCAGACAUACUUCCUCCCGGUCAUUGGCUUGGUGGAUGCAGAGAAACUGAAGCCGGGAGACCUUGUGGUAAGCCCUUAUGUGAUCACUUGAGUCCUUGAGUAGCAGCUCCCUCUGCUCAACAAGCAAUGGAUUUAUUUUUUGGUUAUGCUUGAGUGUCACAUUUACUUUUUCCUCUUUCCCUGUGGUGAUAACCAGGGGGUAAACAAGGACUCAUACCUGAUCCUGGAGACCCUGCCCACGGAGUACGACUCCAGAGUCAAAGCCAUGGAGGUGGACGAGCGCCCCACUGAACAGUACAGUGACAUUGGUGGAUUAGACAAACAAAUCCAGGAGGUCCGAUAUUAUCAUUUGAAUCUUAUCUCUUUAGACACUCAUGUGAAUGUAAUUGCAGUUUUAGUAACAUGUGAUGCUAUUCUUUUGACUUACAGCUGGUGGAAGCAAUCGUUCUGCCCAUGAACCACAAGGAGAAGUUUGAGAACCUGGGUAUUCAGCCACCUAAGGGGGUUUUGAUGUAUGGCCCCCCAGGCACAGGGAAAACCCUACUGGCUAGGGCCUGUGCUGCCCAGACCAAGGUAAAACAAAACACUGACUCUAUGGCUUGCAUUUUAGCAAGGGGUUGUUUGUUAGUGCGGAAGUGUCAACUCCUCUUCUGCUUUAGGUAAAAUGGUGUGGACAGGUGGAGUUUGAUUUAUUUACCUUUCAUCCUACUAUAGGCCACAUUCCUCAAGCUGGCUGGCCCACAGCUGGUCCAGAUGUUCAUUGGUGACGGUGCCAAGCUGGUCCGAGAUGCCUUUGCCCUGGCCAAGGAGAAGGCCCCCUCUAUCAUCUUCAUAGAUGAGCUGGACGCCAUUGGAACCAAACGGUGAGUGGUGCAGUUAAACUAUGAGUCCUAUGCACUGUAAACCAGCUACCGACAAGAAGUUUCACAGUUGCUUUCCAUAGCUGUUGAAUAGCAUCGACACAAACCUCUGAUCCCUUUGAUUUCUCCAGGUUUGACAGUGAGAAAGCAGGUGACAGAGAGGUCCAGAGAACUAUGCUUGAGCUCCUCAACCAGCUGGAUGGGUUCCAGCCCAACAUGCAAGUUAAGGUAUUACUCAGUUCUUUACUUUUUUUUCUUAAUCAGCUGUACUUGAGGUACCCAAGAGACCUGGUACCUAAGAAGGAGACCUGACUGUUUCACUAUGCUAUGAGGAGGCCCUAUAGUGUUAGCCUGGCUCACGUGACUCAGAAGGCAGGGAGAGCUGUGACACACUGGUCUGGAUAGGAGGCCGUUGUAAAUGCAUUAUUGAUUGGUUCUCUUCGCAUAAUCUUUUUGUGCAGUGUGAACACUCCAAAGGAACUCGGGGGCGGCAGGUAGCUUAGUGGGUAAGAGCGUUGUGCCAGUAACCGAAAGGUCGCUGGUUCUAAUCCCCGAGCCGACUAGGUGAAAAAUCUGUCGAUGUGCCCUUAGGCAAGGCACUUAACCCUAAUUGCUGAUGUAAGUCGCUCUGGAUAAGAGCGUCUGCUAAAUAUGUAAAAUGUAAAUGUAAAAUGUAACUCAGACCCCUCGAAAGAGCCCCCGAACCGAAACCAUCUCGAGAGGUGGUCUUAGUUCAGUUUGCUUGAAUUCCGCGGUCCGGUUCCCUUUUUUAGGGCAAUGUGAACACAAAGCACCGUUUCCCCUGCCAUAACCCCUCAACUCACAUUGGUGCCACAAAAUAAAGAAGAUGAUGAUGUGCAGGUUCUUGGAAAAAACAUGUGCUGUUUUUGGAUAUUGAUUAGCGAUUGUCAAGGAUGCACAGACAUUACAAAAUAUGUGUUUUAUACUGACAUGAUGUUCAGAUUAUUUGUUUGCAAUAUGUGAUCUUUAGACUAGAGAACUUCACGGGUCCAACAGACCUGAAAUUCUAACUGACCCUAAACCCAGAGCGGGUCUGGGUCCUAAAUUCUGACUUUUGUCUCAGAUCUGUAUUUACCAACUGGACCCGAUUGGACCUGACCUGUGUUAAUUUAUUGUUUGUGUGUUGAGAACUGCGCAAGCUUGUUAUGUCAGCAAAUUGCAACUCAAUGAAACAAAUAGCUUAUGUCCAGCUGAAACUGGUCCAGCUGUUCACCUCAGGAGCUCCUGCUGCUGAGGAGAGCGAGAGAGCGUAAAAGGGGCCUUGGACUAGGCUACUGUUGAUUGUGAAGAUGGAGAAAGAGUAUAGUGAAAAGAAGCCGACAAAAACGUUUUUAUAUUGUAGUGGACAAAUAUUAGAAGAACGUUGGCGCUGCCAAAUGUACUGUGUGCAACUCACUAUUCAGGUUUGAUACAAUUUUAUAACUUCCAUUUAUUUAUUUUGGAAUGUAUUAUUAAUUGUUUAGUCAUUAAUAAUAAUGAUAAGCUUGUUGUAAAAUAAAUAACAUUAGCCUAUUGCUGUCAUUUGUUUGGUAGGCCUACGGUAGGUAAUCGCCUUUGUUGGUAAUAGCUACAAUAUAGGCCGAGCGUGUUAAACUUUUUUUUGAAGAUUUCAUGCUGUUGAGCCAUUUUCAUUAGCCAAAUUAAGUUCCAGCUGUAAUGUUGUUUGCCGCAAUAUAACGUUAAUAGAAUUACCGGUAGGCCUAUGCUACUCGCACUCAAACCAUGAAAAGGAUAAACCAAAGAGGGCAAGAUGCAAAACGUAAUUUAAUGUCACAAUAUAAUAACCUGUUCUAUGUUCCCUAUGAACAAUGACUUGACUUACUUUCAUUACCCUAAUAAAGUUAAGCAACUUUUGUUUGGUGUGGUAUGGUUAUUAUUAGGCUUGGCUACUGCAGGCCUAUGAAGGCAGGGCGCACUGGCACUCCGACAGUUGAACUUGAGGUGAGAAAUAAUGUUUUAUGCCUACCAGAGUUACUCCUUUUAAUCGAACAAUAUAAUAUUCGGAUUGAAAAUGAACGAAUUUGCCUCCUAUACGCCUAUAUCUGUACAGCAGUAGUAGCCUAUCUGACUAGUGUAAAGAAGUCUGGAACAUGGCACCGGCUUAGCUCUAUCUUUCUCUAUGUCUCUCUAGGGCUAGGCCUAAGCUUGUCUCCCUUAAUAUUAACAAAUAAUAUAUAUGAAUAUCAUUCAGUGGACGCCUAUGCCUAUAUGCAUGCAAUGCCCUGAUGCAUUUAGCGCUCAAAUCUCUGACAGCUAAACCGUGAGGUAGACAAUUAUUGUUUUAGUAAACGAUAGACGAAAGUUUUUAAUAUGGUACGAAUCGAAACACAAAUCGUUUUUUAGUCAUUUGUUAUUGGCAGUUUAUAAGGAUACGUAACUGGAUCAUUUGGCCAAUACGACUUGUUUAUUGAUGGCGUUGGCAGCGACCAAUUGGAGGUUUCUUUCUCUCCCUCUGUCUACUCUUGGAUCUGAACGGGCCUCUUAGAUCCGAACCAGCAGUGGUCUGUUUGCCAUGGGCCUUUUCUGAACGGGUAAGACUGUCCUCGGGUCCAUUCGGAACGGCUCUUCGUUUUUUGAAGAUGUAUUUAUGCAUAUCGGGUCAGGUGGGAAUGCCACAGAUCAAUUUCAGAACGGGUCCAACUUUUUGUACCCGUGAAGACCUCUACUUUAGACUAAGAGUUUCAUAAGCUGUUUAUUCGAUUGUGGGGUUUGAAUAGUGAGAAGACAACAUAUUUGGUCACAACAUAGGGUACAAAGUCAAUGCUAGUUAUUUUAGGGGCAGUAGCCUACAGUGGGUGUACAAUUUUGAAUUACAGCAUUAUUUAAUCUGCAGUUAUUAUUCAGCUAUUUAUUAUGUUACCAAUCAUAUUUACAUGUUAAUAUUAUCUUUUGAUUAUAAUUGUCUCAUCUUUUAACUAAACGCAAUCUAGCUUCCAAAAUGUGAGUAGGUAUAUCUAGCUGUACGAUAACACGUUCUGAUGGAAUGGCUGGUCCUGCACUUUGUAAAAACCCAGAGUGCAUUGAGUGAAUGUUUGGAAAAUAUCUUUGUUCCGUUCUAAACAUAGCAAUGUGACUGCAAAGAGGACUCAGGACCACAAAAUAGGUGAAGUGAACUGGCAGAAGAGUUGAGUCCUCAUUCCAAGGCAAGGGCAGAGUGAAUACAAACAAGUUAUUUUGCUCUUUUUUUUACCACAGAGUUCACUUUUAAAGAGGGCUGAGAACGGUUAUUUUAAACACCCUCAAAUGUUUUGUCUUUCCUGGGGGGGUUGAGACCUCUCGUUGUAUGGAUUUGAAAAUCCAACAGUUGUAAUGAAAUGUGGUGGCGAUCAGGGACUGUGUGUGGCUGUGGGUGUGAGAGAAAGACACGGAGGAGAAACGAUCAGUAAAACCCAGCCCCCUUCAUUAUCGACGCAUCGUGCCGACAACAUCAAGUCUUUACAGACUGAGGUCAGGAGGACUUGGAGUUAGGUGUUAGCCAGACUACUAUUUUGUACGCUGACACCUUGACUUUCUGAUCCUCUUUUGCCAGGUUAUCGCUGCCACUAACAGGGUGGAUAUCCUAGAUCCCGCACUGCUGCGUUCUGGACGUCUGGACCGUAAGAUUGAGUUCCCAAUGCCCAAUGAGGAAGCACGAGCCCGCAUCAUGCAGAUUCACUCACGCAAGAUGAACGUCAGGUUUGGACCACUAUGCUUCAUCCUACGUUAGCCAAAUUGAUCUGCAUGUUAUGAUUUAUAAUUAAGUGAACUCUAGCUCGAAAGGUCAAAGUUAUACACUUGUUUGUCAUGUAUUAUUCAGAAUCUGAUUGGUAUCCCCUCCACUGCUUUGUUCCCACAGCCCUGAUGUCAACUACGAGGAGCUGGCCAGGUGCACUGAUGACUUCAACGGUGCCCAGUGCAAAGCAGUGUGUGUGGAGGCGGUGAGUAAUACCUUUUAUAAACAUGCACAAACCAGCCCUAUUAACUAAAGUACAGUUACGUUGUUUCCUUUCCCUUGGUGAAAGUUUUAUCAGUGACCUGCAUGUCAAGAUUUUGAUUGUAAGAUGUAAUUUGCCAUUUGUUCCCCUUUACAUUUUUUUAAAUCACAGCUAUAUUGACCUGGAUGCGUUUAGCAACGACAAGAACAAACAAGGAUUUUACUUUCUUUCCCUUAAUCUUUUCUCUUCCAGGGUAUGAUUGCCCUUCGCAGGGGGGCAACUGAGCUCAAUCAUGAGGACUACAUGGAAGGCAUCUUGGAAGUACAGGCCAAGAAGAAGGCCAACCUGCAGUACUAUGCCUAAGGGCCUGGCUCUUCAGGGGAAGGAUGUGUGUGUGUGAUACUCUCCAGUUGUGUGUCCAAAACAUGAACCAAUCUCUGUACUAUAAUGCAGCCAUAAUAGAUUGUCCCCAUUAGUGUGCAACAUUAACACUAAUUGCCACUUCUCUCUUUGGGUUUCAUUGGUUCAUUGCGGCUUCGGUAGUUAAGUUGUGAGGCAGGGACUGGAGACACGUUUUGGCUUCUUACAGUAUCUAUGGUCCAUUAAAAAAUAAAAAGGCUUUUUCCAUUAAUACA